UUAUUUUCAGAUAAAGAUAGUUCUUGGCAGGUUCUUGAAAAAAGUUUCUAGUAAUUUCCUACAAUAAAAUUCCCACAGAAAGUUCCUGUUAUCCAUUUAAGAUGGGUCAGGUCCAUUAUGAUAGUCCCUGUCAGGUCCACAAUGAUUGUCCCUGUAAGGUCCCACAAUGAUGUACCCUGUCAGGUCCAACAAUGAUGGUCCCUGUCAGGUCUACAAUGAUGGUCCCUGUUAUGUUCACAAUGAUGGUCCCUGUCAGGUCCACAAUUAUGGUCCUUGUCAGGUCCCACAAAGAUGAAAGAAUCCCUGGGGAGUGUUUAACGUGGGUUUGUUCAUGAACCGCCCUCCACCACGUCAACUACAGUUGCGCGUAAUCUGGCGCGCGCCGACUCUGGUCCAGUCCUGACCUGACUCCUGAAUCCGUCCGGUCCGGCAGUGCUCGCCUGAACGUCAAAGGAGGAAGUGAUGAUGGAUUUUACUUAAACAUUUCCGACUGAAUCCUGCUUUAAUCGACUAAUCCAGCCUAAUUUAAUCAAUCUUUCAAAGAUGGCGACUGAUCGCCCUGAUUUAGUUUCUGUGUUAUUGCAGAGCAAGACUAAGAUGGAGCUGCUAGAGCCCUGGGAGCUGCUUAACCCCCUGCAGAUGCAGACGGAGAUCGAUAUAAACAUGAGGAUUGCAUUGGCGGAAUGGAUGAUGGAGGUUUGUUGUGACCUAAACCUGGAGCCUGAAGUAUUCUGUCUGGCGGUCAGUUGCUUGGACAGGUUCCUGUGCAAAGUGAGUCUUAAAAGAACGCAGCUCCAGCUGUUAGGAGUAUCAUGCCUUUUAGUAGCAUGGAAGGUUCGAGGGGAGAGGGAAGUGAACAUAGAAUCUCUACUAAAACUAACUGAAGAUUCAAUAUUCAAAGAGGAAAUACUGGAAUGUGAGAUGUUAGUACUUACCAAACUUAACUGGAACCUUCCCUCCUUGGUAGCAGUAGAUUUCUUACCCCAGAUACUCCAGAAAGUUGAUUCAAAGCUUUCACAUCAACAUUUGAAAGACAGCGCUGUCAGUUUGAUUCAGAACUGUUACAUCCAUCCUAGCUUAGCUGUCAGACCACCUCAGCUAAUGUCGGCCGCCGCUGUUGUAUCAAUCAUAAGGCCAACCAUAGCAAAAUCUGAUAUGGCUGCUGAUACCCCUCCUUCAUCAACCUCAUCUUCUCAAUCCACCUCCCAUAGUUCAUCUUUACCUCCAUCCUCCUAUAUGUCCUCUUCACCUCCAUCCUCCACCUCACCUACAUCCUCGCCACCCUCCUCGUCAUAUCUAUCCUCAUCCCCGUGUUCAUCCUCAUUCGACUCCUCCUCCCCCUCCUCAUUUAUUGAAGCCUUGAAGAGUCCUUAUAUUACUACAUCAUCCGACCUACCCCCAUACAUGACCGAGAAUCCAUCAUUAUCCGACCUAUCCACAUCCAUGAUAGAGAAUCCAUUAUCAUCUGACCUACCCAGUUACAUUUCUGAGAAACUAUCAUCAUCCGAACUAUCCUCGUAUAUGCCCAAGAACACCCCAACCUUCGGCACUACAUACUCCAAACCUACCAACUUAAACUCGGUCUUACUUAUUCAAAGUUCAACGAAGAGUCAAGAUAUUCCAGUUAGAGGAGAAGGAAAACAUUUUAUAAGAUUUAUAGGACACUUGCCGAAUCCAAGAUACAUUUUUAUUCUUUUACAGUGGAAUCCUGACAGCUAG